AUGGGCACACCACCACCACGACCCGAACUCGAAUGGCUUUUUCCGAAAGAGGUAACCAUGCAAUUCUAAUACUGUCGAUUCAAAGCGCGGUAUCUCAGCUGUCUGUAGAGAUAUAAAAAAGUUGUCAACUAAUACAAUGUUCGUUAAGAAAUGCUGUAUUUUAUCAGUUGACAACUUUUUGAUAUCUCCACCCGCAGCUGAGAUACAACGCUUUGAAAAAUUGGUAUUGGUGUUUGAGGCUUUUCUCUGGAAAUGACCACUUUCCGACUGCAUUUUUCCUGCCAAUCCAAAAGUUUAGCGUUAGAGCGCAAUUUCCCCUACAGUAAUCCCUCGCCCCUCCUUAAGUUAAUGAAUACCUCCUUUCGUUCUCUUCCGCGGUGGUCUCCUUUGUGUCUUUUAAUCAGAGCGGAACAUUUUUUGGAACAAAGAGGUACUUGGCCACCUUUUGAAACAGUUUUUGAAGUUUUUGCCGCGAUGGCUUAUUUCUAUGUGAUCGGGGAUGUUUUAGAGGUAAGAAUUCUCCUGUUUCCCAUUGUUUUUAUCAUUUUCCACUCCACUCUCCAACAUAUUCUGAUCUCGGCUAACAUAAUUCAAGGUGGAAAAGGAGAGCGGUUCUAAAAAGUGCAUUUGCAGGUAACGACAUCCUCAUCGGCAGUUUUGCAGCGAAAUUCUGCCGAUAUUCCGCUCAACUUUCUCGCCGAACACAGUCUCGCACUCAUCGCCGCGCUUUUUGUGAGUUUUGUUGAAAAACAUGGAUUUGACACUGAAAAAAGGGCAGUUUGUCUAUAUAUAUAUCAGACUUGCAACGGGCCGGGCCGGGCCAAAAUUGGAAAUUUUCCGGCCCGGCCCGGUCGGCCCGGGAGGAUGCACCUAAAAAUUCAAAGCGAACUAGAACUAACUUCGAAACGAACAUAAUUUUAUAGACUUAAAAAGGAAAUGUUAUAGCAUAAAAACCUGUUAAAAAAUAGAAAUUGCUGUUUAAAGUCGCAAAAUUUUCACAAAAAUUACGAAAAUUUUCUCAAGAGUGGGCGGAGCGAUUGAUUGCAACUCUGGCACGCCAUUUUUCCUCUUCCUUCAUAUUUUUUUUGCAUAUUUUUUUUGAGGUCUAACUUCCGGGCCGACGAUUUGCUGGCCCGACCCGGGAUUUGGCAAGUCUGAUAUAUAUAUGUUUCAAAAAGUCCAGACACGGGACGGCAAAGAAUACGGAGGAGUGAAAAUUGUGAAGCUGUAACUUCUCUCAGAAACCUUACAUUUACCGCUGACCUGGCUCAUUUUGAAGAACCCAAUAAAAUUGAACUCUUAUCAGAAAAUCAGAGGUGCCUAUGUUCGAUUUCUGGAGAUUUAUUGAAAAAACCGAAAGUUCUAUGUAUAGAGAGAGAGUUUCACUCAAAAUCGUCUCGGUUACAGUUUCAGAGACUCAUGAUCCAUGAGUUACAAUUCAUUUCCAUUUUUUGCAGUUGAUCGUCGUGACCGUAGUCUUGGUGGCGGUGCUGAUCCAGUGGCACUGCCAGAAGGGCACCAGCUCGGCGUGCUCGGUCUCUCCCAAAUCGUUCUCGACGUCGCCGUCGCAAUGGACCACUUGUAGCACUGGUUAGUUGAUGAACAAGUUGAAAAAGUGUGCAAAGUUCGGGUCAAACGUUCAAGGCAUAAGGAAAUGACGGAAACAGUGGUACUGAAUGGUUCCGAUCCGGUCCCCCCCGACUCAGCUGUCAAACGCGAUCGAAAUGCAAAGAGCAAUGAGCUGACGUUCGGCUGACAAGUCGAUAAUCCUCUCCUUUUCAAUAGCGUCAUGUUUCCUUUUUUCCACGGAUUAAUGGGUUCAGUGUAACAGUAACAUUUACUAUUUCGUAUUUAAACAGUACAAGAGUACUCAAUUUUUGAAUACUUUUCAUCAAAAACAUUGUCAAUUCCUUCAAUAUUUGUUCGCUCUCACGUUCCUUUUGCUUCCAAGCUCCGCCCCUUUUUCUCUCUCUCUCUCUCUCUCUUUUUCUCCUCCGGGGAGCCAAGAGCCAAGUAAUUUGAAGGGGGGGCGAAGGGGUUGGCUCAAGAGAAAAGAGUGCUCGAGAGGAGAGCAUCCAUCCAUCCAUCCAUCCACCGACUCUUUUUUAGUACCUUUGAUACUAUUCGCGGCUCUCUUUCAUUCGGCACUCUCACUUUACUUUCAUCCAUUCGAAAUCCACUUCAUCUCUUUUUGAUUUUCAUAUCGGUUUUCUCUGUAUUCUCCCAAGAUUUUUGGGUCGUUUUAGGAUAACAAUUGAAGUUUCCAGCAUUUGGGACUUUCGGAAAUCGAUAGUAUCUGUUCGGUGUAACAGUUAAAUUGCCUGGAUUUUCGUCUAGAACGUUCCAAAGAAGUGCUGACACAAAAUCGUUAAAUUUAACGCAAGAAGCAAGUGCAGACGAUCAAAUCGAUAGUAUCAGGAGGCGGUGAAACGGUCAACGUUUGUAAAACGAGUAAUUUGCAUUAGAAAACAAUUGAAAAACGUAAUCAAUUGUUGAAUUUUCCCUCGAAUUGUCUGCCUUUUGCUGAGAAAAACCAGUGCAGCGGCGCACGACGAACUGACAUAUUUCUCACCUGAACACCUCCCCCACCGAAAACCCAUUUCGCUUCCCGUUCUUUUGUGCGCACAGACUCAUGGAUUCACGGGACACUGUGUGUACAGGAGCUCUCUCUCUCUCUCUCUCUCUCUCUUUUGGAAGACGAUUUGGCCGUCGCGAGUGCUCUUUCUCUCGCUCCGAGCACUGUGUAUCACUCUUGUGUGUGUGCGCCCCUCAGCACACGUUUCUGUGAGCAUUUGUGCGCCAGCCACUGACUUGGAGCACUUUUUGAGUAUUUUGAAUAGGAGUUGUUGGCUUUUAUUCUUCCUUGAAAUUAGCAGGAAAACGUCUUUUGCGAUAUCAAAAAUUCGGUUUCAAAAAGUCUCCAUAUGAGUUUCAAAACGAAUGCCCGAGAUGUACUGAUCCAGUAAGCAACGACUAAUGAGCUAGUUUAAGAAAACACUGGCGGCCACUGGCAAUCGUGUCCGCAUGGCCAAGUGGCGAACGCUUUUGCUUCCGGCCUCCACGAAAUCUGGGUAGCGGGUUCGAAUCCCCGUGUGCAUUUUUUGUCUUUUGUCACUUCGCAUUUACUGUAAAAGAUGAUAAAACUCAUUUUCCGCACCGUUUUGUGUUGAAAUUUAUGAGGAGAAGAGGAUAAAAUGAGAUAACUGUUCCAGAAAACUCCAAAACGUGUACUUUAUGAUCGAAUAACGAAAGAUGUGUUCUCCCGUUUUCCUUUUCCUAAAAACCCGUUCGCUUCUCACUUUGUAGCAUACAUUUUUUCGAAAGAGACCACACCAAAAAGGUCCCCCUUCUUCUCUCGCUCAAUCCUCGUCUCUAGGCGCUUGCAUGACAACCUUUUGCAAUAAAAAAUGGAUUUACGUGAAUGUCUCUUUAUACGGACAAACAUAUGACUGCAUACAUUAUACGUACACACGUCAGUAUAGUACAUUUUCCCGUUUCAAAUUGUUAUCAUCAAAGUUUUUCACUCGAAUUGAUAUUGGUUUCCGUUUUCAAUGUUUUUCCGUAAACUUGAAGCAUCCGUAAUUGGAAAAACGUGUACAUAAAGUUUCAGCAUAACCUCAAUAGAUUUAUUUUCUGUUUCAAUAAGGUCACAAAUAGCACACUUGAUCCUUGAAAUUCCAAUACUCCGUAGCCGUAGCGUAUGGUGUUCCAUGUUUUCCGUUCAAAUCUCUCUCUCUCUCUCUUUCCCAUUUCCCUCACCUAUGGUGCAUCUCCAGAAAAAUGGGCGAAGUGUUCAUGAACCCCGUGUUCCUGGACACUUCCGACUCGGACUCGGAGCAGUCCUCCUCGAGUCGAUACCGAUCUCCGUCCCACCCGUCCAGUCUUCCGAGAUCUUCGCGCCAACAGUCGACUACCAGCGGUUUGUGAAACAAAAAGGAAGAGAAAUGACUUAUGAAAGAUGGAAAACGGCUCUUUGAAUGUUUAAUCGAGUGCGCGCACACGCUAUCCUUAAAAUUAUUCGGUCACGACAUCGUUUUGAAUGAGAAAAUUCGAAAAAAAUUCACUCGGGGACUAUUGCUUCCGGCGUCGGAAAUUCAAAUUGACCUCAUUUUUGUCGGCCGGCGGCGGGUUUAUAACCGCGCCGGCGCGCCCUCACUUUCGGCCUGCUUAGUAUAGUGGUUAGUACUCCACGUUGUGGCCGUGGCGACGCUGGUUCGAUUCCAGCAGCAGGCAUUCGGCACUUUUUGCCGGCGUCGAACGUUUUUUGCUUGACACGCUAAAAAUAGAGUUCGGGUCAUGGUGGCAGGGCAUGACAAACAGUAAGCGAACAAAUAGAGUGACAAACACACCCUGAAAAGCAAAUAUGACUGAAAUUUUGCUGAAAAUAGAAGGGGAACGCCGAAAAGUUUCUAUAAAAGCGUCUGACCUCUCUGUAAACCAUUUCCAAACCCCGAAAUGAAGAUAAAGAACGUUAGAAACGGUAUUUUCUUCACAAGUAGUCAAUCCCAACCCCUAAAAUUCUGUUUUUCAGUGUCCUCGACCUACUCGACGCAAUCUCUGCUCCAACUAAUCGGCUCCGACCUCCGCCAAUCACUGCAGGGCCUCCUGCUGCCGUCGGAAGCCGUCGUUCUGGAGACAAUCGUCGGAAAAGGUUCGCAGAAAAACACGCGCGCCCACUAUUGUUUUGUUUUUUUGACGCCACGGCUCGAUUAUUCGUAACUACGUGAGCCCCCCCGCGAGCACCACGGCACGCGCAGCAUAUUAUUAUUUGUUGUGCUUUCCGGCUCGCCGACCCUCCUGGCUCCUGGAUACAAUUACGAUUGUGGGGGAUCAGAGUUGAGCGGAAGAACUCAACGGAAGAAUUUUUAUCUUUUUUAGAAAAUUUUUUCAUGAAAUGUAUAGCAAAAUGAACUGUGCUCAUGGAAAAAUAAUUGUAAAUUUAGCUUUUCAUACAAAAAAGUUAUUCGAGUUCCGUCUUCCGUUAGCCCCCUUUUUCACGGAACAACUCGAAUAACGUUUUUGUAUGAAAAGCUAAAUUUACGCUUAUUUUUCUAUGAGCACAGUUCACUUUGCUAUACAUUUCGUCAGUCGAUCACAUUUCAUGAAAAAAUUUUCUAAAAAAGAUAAAAAUUCUUCCGUGAGUUCUUCCGCUCAACUCUGGGGAGGAUGUGCAAGAAAAAAAGUGUUUUUUUACUGCGCGCGCUGUCCGACAAAUUUCGAAUUUUGCACUCUGCCACGUAAUCCGCGUAAAGCCUCGCUGCUUGCUCAAACACAGAGCAAGUUGUGUGACACAAUCCAAACACACACACACACACACUUUUUUUUGCUUGUGUCUCCCGGUGUUUGCCCUCCGAGAGUUGCUCCUUCACUCGAAGGGAUCGAUAAAAUUGUCGGGAAAACCAUUUUUUUUUUUUGCAGGAUACUUUGGCAAUGUGUAUCGCGGGAGAAUGAGAGAUCCGGCGGGCCGACUCAUACCGGUGGCCGUCAAAACACUCAAAGGUUGGUUUGAAAUGAACGAACUUUUUGGGGGCCCGGCCCAACCAAAAAAACUCGCCGCCCUUGUGAACAAACAGUGUCGAGGCACACUUGAGAGAGCGCCCGCCCUGUGAUGACAAGACACUUUCAGCUUUGAGCGCUCGGUAAUUUACAGGCGAACGAGCCAGGGACAUUGCGCACAUUGAGAAGUUUCUGAGGGAGGGCGUCGUCAUGAAACACCUCGACCAUCCGCACGUUCUCUCCCUCCUCGGCAUCUCGAUCUCCCCGGCCGGCAAUCCGUGGGUCGUUCUGCCGUACAUGGAAGGAGGCGAUUUGAAGACGUACAUUGCCGAUCCGAAUCGAGUACGUUUGAAACGGAAACCUAUUAUUCAACACGAUAUAUCUCAGCUGCCGUUGAAGAUAUACAAAAGUUGUCAAUUGACAAGUUGUUCAUUAAGAAAUUUUGUACAUUUUGUUAGUUGACAACUUUGCACCAUCUCUAACGACGGCUGAGCUAUGGUGUCUAGAAUCAAUGGUAUCGGAUGCUCUUCUAGUCACUCUAACCAACUGUUCUUUCAGGCGCUGUGCGUGCUGGAGCUGCUCGAUAUGGCGCAUCAAGUGGCCCAGGGCAUGUCCUACCUGGCCGCCCAACACUUUGUUCAUCGCGAUCUGGCCGCCAGGAACUGCAUGAUAUCGGCGGAUCGGAUAGUGAAAGUGGCCGACUUUGGUCUGGCCGUGGAUUUGCUGGACAAGGAGAGCUAUAUCGACGAGAGCGAGACAGGUGAGAUUUCUAGUGACGAGUGGCAAAGCGUCAUUUAAAUUGUGUUUCAAAAAUGACUAACAAAGAAAAACUAAAGUGAGAAGUCAUGAAACUGUAAAUAUUUCUGUUUCCUAGUGCCGAGUGAGAGUUGAGCGGAAGAACUCACGGAAGAAUUUUUAUCUUUUUUAGAAAAUUUUUUCAUGGAAUAUGAUCAACUGACGAAAUGUAUAGAAAUGUGAACUCUGUCCAUAAAAAAAUAAUUGUAAAUUUAGCUUUUCAUACAAAAAAGUUAUUCGAGUUGUUGCGUGAAAAAGGGGGCGAACGGAAGACGGAACUUGAAUAACUUUUUUGUAUGAAAAGCUAAAUUCACAAUUAUUUUUCUAUGAGCACAGUUCACUUUGCUAUACAUUUCGUCAGUUGAUCAUAUUCCAUGAAAAAAUUUUCUAAAAAAGAUAAAAAUUCUUCCGUUGAGUUCUUCCGCUCAACUCUGGUGCCGAGUGAAUUCGUACGCUCGUGCCUCCCAAAAAGUGUGUAAACCGAAACACGCGAAACACGUUCAGGUCCCGCCCGUCUCCCACUCAAAUGGCUCGCGCCUGAGAGUCUUCGUGAUCGACGAGUCUUCAAUUCAGCCACCGACGUGGUAAGAAGCGCCCGCGCGUUCGAAACGUGCACACAACCCCGAAUUUCAGUGGUCGUUCGGAGUGCUCAUGUGGGAACUGCUGACUCGUGCCGCGUCUCCGUACGGCGAGGUGUCGAAUGCGAAAGUGAGACACUACUUGGAGACGGGAAUGCGAUUGCCGCAGCCGACGCAUUGUCCCGAUAUUGUGUGAGUUGGAAGGAUGUGUCUGACACGCAAUCUGAACAGAAUUUUGGAAUGAAAACUGUUUCGAUACAGGUACGAUCUGAUGCAGUGCUGUUGGCGUGCGACUGCCGAGGACCGACCCGACUUUGUGUUCCUCAUGCACCGACUGAGGACGCUAUUGCAGGUUUGAUUCAUUUUUCAACGAGCCUCAAUACUUUUGAUGCGUGCGAAUUGCAGGAGAACUCGCCGGACCCGUUCACGCGUCGAGUCCGUCCGGGCGCCGAGCAAUUCUUGCUGCCCGUGCUGCCCGGCCGCCUCUUCACCAACUACUUUGCCGCUCAACUACACUCGCUGCCUUGA